AUGGGACUUUUAUCUUUGGGUACUCCGCUGAGUUGGGAAGAUUUACAUCCUCAUGCUGACCAUGUUCGUACUCAUGGCAUCGCUCAAUUCCUUAAUAUCUGGAAUAGAGUCAAAUCUCGUCGCAAGGAUCAUCUGCUUUGGGGUGACGAGAUUGAAUAUGUGGUAGUGGAGCUCAACAAGGAUGCUCGCACUGCUCGUCUCGCCCUUGAUGCUUCUGUGGCUCUGGAUACGCUUUCUCAGAUGGAAAAUGAUACUCUUGCAGCUGGUGGUGUUCCAGAUAGUUCUUGGAAGCCUGAAUAUGGUCGAUACAUGCUUGAAGGCACACCUGGCGUUCCUUAUGGCUCGACUGUGGAUGAUCUUCUAACAGUCGAGGAAAACAUGCGCAAGAGACGAGCACUCGGCAAUUCUUUGCUUAAAAGCAAUCAGUCGCUAUUUACAUUCACCAAUUUUCCGCGUUUGGGUUGUACCGACAAGUUCAUCGAGCCCAGCUUCGAUCCUACUCCUGGUCAAGGUGCCAGUAUGAGUUUAUUUAUCCCUCAACAGGCCAUCACACAGCAUGCUCGCUUUCCAACAUUGACUGCUAAUAUUCGAAAGCGUCGUGGGUCAAAAGUUGCAAUCAAUCUGCCCAUCUUCAAAGACACCAACACUCCAUCUCCAUUCAGAGAACCCGUUCCUCGUGUCCUAAAAGAGUAUCUUGCCAGUCAACAUCAACCCAUUCCCGCCUCAUUGCCUGACUACACCCCUGAUGCCAAAGAAGACCACAUUUACAUGGACAGCAUGUGCUUUGGUAUGGGCUGUAGCUGUCUGCAAGUGACCUUUCAGGCGUGUUCUGUUGAAGAGGCCCGUCGAUUAUAUGACCAACUGUCUGUGGUGGCUCCUAUCAUGCUUGCUCUUACUGCUGCCGCACCUAUUUAUCGUGGUAUGCUAGCUGAUGUGGAUUGCCGAUGGAAUGUCAUUUCUGGAUCCGUGGAUGAUCGCACAUUGGAGGAGCGGGGGAAAAUGCCACUCAAGAAUAGCAAAUUCAAGAUUAGCAAGUCACGAUACGAUUCAGUAUCGCGAUACCUUUCUCCUGGUCCCAAUUACUCUGGUGGAUGCUGUAAUAAAGUCGAAUCUGAACCUCUGGAUCUUUCUGCUCCUCCUCCCGGUUCUGGCUUUUACAAGGAUGAAUACAAUGAUCUUGAUGUAGCUAUGGAUAUGGAAGUCUAUGCCAAGUUGGUGGAUGCAGGCGUAGACGAUCUGCUUGCCAAACACUAUGCUCAUCUGUUCAUUAGAGACCCACUUGUAGUGUUUCGUGAACUUCUUGAUCAGGACGAUCAAACUAGUUCGGACCAUUUUGAAAACAUCCAAUCUACCAACUGGCAAUCGAUGCGGUUUAAACCACCUCCACCCUCUGCACCCAACAUGGGCUGGCGAGUGGAGUUUCGCAGCAUGGAGAUCCAACUGACUGACCAUGAAAACGCUGUAUUCUCCAUUUUUGUAGUAUUGCUAACACGCACUAUUCUGGCAUAUAAUCUUAAUUUCUACAUUCCUUUAAGCAAGGUAGACGAGAAUAUGCAAACUGCACAGAAACGUGACGCAGUAUUAAACGAAACGUUCUGGUUUCGUCGUGAUAUUUUUGCAAACUCGACUGACCCGCCCAGCUCGUGUCGAUCUUUUCUUCCCCACCCAUUCAACGUUACACCCAGUGUAUCUGUCAAUUCACUAAAUGCGUCCAAUGCCAGCAGCUGCAGUGAUGACAGCAAUGGUACGAGUCCAUGUCUAACUCCCAAUGGAAUUCAUAUUCCAUCGGUUACUGCUGGUGCGACACCUAAUACAACUCAUGAAUCAAACGGCUCUUCUAAAAGCGAAUUUCGCAAAAUGGGUAUCAACUGUAUCAUGAAUGGUAACGGCGUUUUUCCAGGCCUUUUACCUCUUAUUGGUGGAUAUCUUGACAACGAAACUGAAAUGUCAGAUACGACACGACUCCGACUGAAACAGUACUUGUCUGUCAUUUCUCAAAAGGCUUCGGGUGAACGUAUGACUGCAGCUGCAUGGACCAGAGACUUUGUUACGAAACACACUGAUUACAAGCACGAUUCGGUCGUGAGUGAAUCCAUGACAUACGACUUGUGCCGAGCGGUUCAAACUCUGUUUGCUGAUGAUCUUAUUCGAAAAAAAUAAAGUCUUGUGUUGCAAUC